AUGCUGCUGCCUCGCCUUGCUGUGCGUAGUCACCUGCCCUCCUCUGAGCGCGCGCACUUUAGUCAGUACAAGAGUGCUAGCACUCUGUACACUGAUGUUGUUGCACGCUACUCCUCCCUUGCCACUGCUGCCCUUAGCCGCCUCAUGCUGCCGUACCUGUUCCCUGACCUAGCCGCUUUUGCCACAGUCGCUGACCUCAUUACGCACCUCCGCACUAGUGACACCCGCUACCCGCGCUGCGCUUCCUGCCGAGUUCUGGACCACUUCCUCUCCCUCUGCCCCACCACGCUCACCGUUGACCUCCUCGAGGAGCACCUCCUUGCAGCUGAGAAGAGUAUAGUCGCUGUAGGAGCCUCUCGUGGUGACCCCCGUGCCCCUUUCUUUGAGGGGUGCUCCCCCGUCCCUCUUUUGCCUUCUGUUGCCUCUGCUGCUGCUGUCGACCUCGAUGGCACCGAGUCGGUCGGCACUGCGUCUGCCCCUAGUGGCAAGCGCCGCAACAGCAAGGGCAAGUGGGGCAAGGGGGGUGGAGGGGGCGGCGGGGGGCGCGGUAGUGGCGGUGGAGGAGGAGGAGGAGGGGGUGGGGGUGGAGGUGGGAGUGGUGGCGGGACUGGGGGCUUAGGUGGCGGCGGUGGAGGUGGAGGCGGCGGAGGCAGCGGGAGUGGGGGUGGAGGUGGCGGCGGCGGCGGAGGAGGUGGGGGUGGCGGGGGUGGUGGUGGGCAGCGGGGAGGCUCUAGCGGUGGCCAGCGCCAGCAGCAGCAGCGCUCCCGUGAGACCCCGUCGCCUCAGCAGCUACGUGAGUGGUACGCUGGCGUGGGAGGUCCUGGGGGUGCUGGUCCCUGCACCUACGUUCUUUGCACCGGCGACCGCAGUGGAGAGACGUGCGGAGGCCCGCACACCACACCACGCUGCUUCGGCCGCCUGACUGACGCCUGGCGCACUCAGUUCCCUGGCUCCUCGGAGAUCCCUCGCUGGGAUAUUCUGCUUAAGUCGGGGGUUGCUAUCUUUGAUCUUGAUUAUGAUGCUAUCCUUGCUGCUAUGUAUGCUGUGUCUAUUAGUGAUGAGGGUGACUGUUACCUGUGUGUUCCGCCCGACCCGGGCAUUAAGUCUGCUGCUCCAGGUGCUGGUGAGGCUGCUCCAGGUGCUGGUGAGGCUGCUGCUCUAGGUGCUAGUGAGUCUGCUGCUCCAGGUGCUGGUGAGGCUGCUCUCUCAGGUACCGCGUCGGCUCAGUGUCCUGGUCUGGCCCUGAGUCUGCCCCCUGCUCGUGUCGCCUCCUGGCCCACGAGACUCUUCUUUGGCACCACCGCCUUGGUCACCCCUCCCUGCCUCGUCUUCGAGGCAUGGCCUCCCGUGUCCUGGUCUUGGGUCUUCCUUGAGUCCCUCCCUCCCCUUCCUCCGGGGCCUGCCCCUACCUGCGUUCCCUGCGUCGAGGGUCGGCAACGCGCCGCUCCUCACUCCUCCGAGUUUCCUCCAACAGAGGCCCCACUGCAGACUCUUCACAUGGACGUGUGGGGCCCAGCCCGCGUCCGUGGACAGGGUCACGAGCGUUACUUCCUGCUGGGCGUUGACGACUACUCGCGUUACACCACAGUCUUCCCCUUGCGCCGCAAGGACAGAGGUGGAGAGUUUUCCUCCGACCUUCUGCAGGCCUACUGUCGGGCGGAGGGCAUCCGCCAGACGUUCACGCUUCCGGCCUCUCCACAGCAAAAUGGAUUGCCCGAGCGCCGCAUUGGCAUGGUCAUGGAUGUCGCUCGUACGUCCAUGAUCCAUGCGGCUACUCCCCAUUAUCUGUGGCCGUUCGCGGUUCAGUACGCGGCGCAUCAGAUCAACCUUCAGCCCCGGGUCUCCAUGCCGGAGACCUCCCCCACUUCUGCGGUGGACGGGGAAGGUUGGCGAUGCGUCUGCGUAGACGCAGUCGAGCCUGUCGAGGUAGCUGUUGACUCUGUGCUGGGUCUGGGGGGUGCUGAGCCUGAGCGUGCGGAGCCUGGGGUGGCAGAGCCUGGGGGUGCUGAGCCUGGGGUUGCUGAGUCUGGGGGUGCUGUGAGACUGGAGCUACUGGAGGUGCUGCUGAUGCUGGUGCUUGCUGGAGGUGCUGUUGGUGCUGGAGCUGCUGGAGGUGCUGCUGGUGCUGGACCUACUGAGGUGCUGCUAGUGCUGGUAGCUGCUGGAGGUGCUGCUGGUGCUGGAGCUACUGGAGGUGCUGCUGGUGCUGGAGCUGCUGGAGGUGCUGCUGGUGCUGGAGCUGCUGGAGGUGCUGCUGGUGCUGGACCUACUGGAGGUUCUGCUGGUGCUGGAGCUGCUGGAGGUGCUGCUGGUGCUGGAGCUGCUGGGCCGCUGGCCCUGGAGGUGCUCGUACUGGAGGUACUGGAGGUGCUGCGGGAGUUGUAG